AUGACGAGAAAUGAUGCCGAGAAGAUUCUUAAAAAAGACGGAGGAUUUCUUGUGCGGAAGACAGAUGUGGCUGGUCGUCAUCAUAUCGUGAUAAGCUUGGUGGAUUCCGGCGAAAUGAAGCAUUUCCUGGUUAAACGCACCUCCAAAAAACGUCUCUACUGGGUAUACGACUUUGCUUUCAAAACAGUUAGCGAUUUGGUGCAGUAUCACUUGAGAAAUAGGGCGCCUUUAACAGCCCAAGGAGUUUACUUGGAAAGGCCAUGUCAGAAAAAAGAAUGGCAACUCAAUCCAGAACAGAUAGAGCCACAAGUAAAAAUUGGUGAAGGAGCAUUUGGUGAAGUUUACAAGGGAUUACUGCAAGAUGGUAUAUGGGGUGCUCGAAUACCAGUCGCUAUAAAAACCCUUCACUCAACAAACAUGACCACUGACGACCGGAUUCAGUUCUUACAAGAAGCGAAUAUUAUGAGGGAAUUCAAG